AACUGGGAACAGCAAAUCUACGGCGUCAUGGAUGGUAUCUGCAAGCUGGUGGAUGCCAUUCCGCUUCACGAGCUUCAGUCCCUGUCGUGUGCCAGAGAACUUCUCCAGCAGAGAGAUCUCAGGAGAAAGCUGCUGGCCAAUUCUGCCACUUUGAACAAAAACAGCCCAAACACCACUUUUCCUGGGAACGGGGCGGCAGGUGUGGAGCGGGGCCCCCAUGCCUGUCCUGGUGCUGCUCGGGGUUCUGGCCCAAACUGGAGCUUCAGCUGUGACAGAAACUCGCCCAAAUCCACAAACCUCUCGUUUGUGCUUUCUGGGACUCCUAAUUCAAGCAAUUUUUCUACCAAAAACCCCCAAACCUUGGCUACCUCUUACGCUUCAAAGCAAAGUAUUGAGAUCACCUGCCCGGAAACUGCAGCACUGCCUUCUUCCAAGGUCGGUGGCAAAGGGGGAGCUGCCCUCGGCCUCCCUCCCGAGGUGUCCUUCCACAGCAGCUGGUGCCCGACACCAGGGCUGGGGAGCGGUGGAAACCACCGCCUGCUGGCGGGGCCUGCCGCCGGCACGGCUCCGGGAGGGGAUCACAGCCCCGCCGACGGCAGGUCGGGCACGGAUGGUUCGGACUGGGACCUCGACCACUUUGACAUCGACGACUUCGAUGAGGACUGGGAGAAUUCGGUGAAUAUUUCGGCUCCUGCAACGCCAUCUGCGCCGGUGUGCCAGCCCGGCGGGGAAGGGCCGCCUGCCCAGUCGCUGCUGUCCAAGAUAAUGUCCAGAGCCAAAGGGUCUGCAGCUGCAUCAGAUCCCCCUGCUCCGAAAUCAGCCCUCUCGGCUGCAACAAAGACCCGUUCAGAUGCCCCGGUUAAUGACCCCGCACUGGAGCGUUUCAGGGGUGUGAAAUUUUCCCACUCUGAAGAAAUGAUGAACACAUUUCACAAAAAGUUCGGUCUGCACUAUUUUCGGACAAAUCAGCUGGAGGCCAUCAACGCUGCUCUCCUGGGGGAAGACUGUUUCAUCCUGAUGCCCACCGGUGGGGGCAAAAGCUUGUGCUACCAGUUACCGGCGUGUGUCUCUGCUGGAGUCACUAUUGUCAUCUCUCCGCUGAGGUCGCUUAUAAUCGAUCAAGUUCAGAAGCUGAAGACUUUAGAUAUUGCUGCAACAUAUCUGACUGGUGAUAGAACAGAUGCUGACGCUUCGAAAAUAUAUAUGCAGUUGUCAAAAAAAGAUCCUGUAAUAAAGCUUCUGUACGUGACCCCUGAGAAGGUUUGCGCAAGCAGCCGACUGAUGUCAGCCCUGGAGAACCUCUACGACAGGAAGCUCCUCGCGCGCUUUGUCAUCGACGAGGCCCACUGCGUCAGCCAGUGGGGCCACGAUUUCCGACAAGACUACAAACGGCUGAACAUGCUGCGCAGGAGGUUUCGCGCGGUUCCCAUGAUGGCUCUGACUGCCACCGCUAACCCCAGGGUGCAGAAGGACAUUCAGAACCAGCUGGAGAUGCUAAAACCACAAGUGUUUACAAUGAGCUUCAACAGGCACAACUUGAAAUAUGAUGUAUUGCCCAAGAAGCCGAAGAAGGUGGCAAUGGAUUGCUUGGAAUGGAUCAAAAAAUACCAUCCACAUGAUUCUGGAAUAAUUUAUUGUCUUUCACGUCAUGAAUGUGACACGACAGCGGCCAUUUUGCAGAAGGAAGGUCUUGCUGCACUUGCCUAUCACGCUGGCCUCACUGACUGCAACAGGGAUCUUGUACAAAAGAAGUGGAUUAAUCAGGAAGGGUGUCAGGUUAUUUGUGCAACAAUUGCCUUUGGAAUGGGAAUUGAUAAACCUGAUGUGCGCUACGUUAUCCAUGCCUCUCUUCCUAAGUCUAUAGAAGGUUACUAUCAAGAAUCUGGCAGAGCUGGACGAGACGGUGAAAUGUCUCACUGUCUGCUCUUCUACAGCUACAGCGACGUGACCAGGCUGAGAAGGCUCAUACUGAUGGAGAAAGAUGGAAACAGUCACACAAGGCAGACCCACUUCAACAACCUGUACAGUAUGGUUCAUUACUGCGAGAACGUCGUUGAUUGCCGGAGAAUUCAGCUUUUGGCCUACUUUGGGGAAACUGAUUUUAAUCCCACCUUCUGCAAAGAUCACCCAGAAGUGAUUUGCGAUAACUGCAGUAGAAAGAAGGAUUACAAAUCAAGAGAUGUAACAGACGAAGUGAAGAGCAUCGUAAGAUUUGUACGGGAGCAUUGUGGACAAAUAAAUGCGAAGAGAAAUACAGGUUCUGGGAGAUACACGUUGAAUAUGAUGGUGGACAUCUUCUUAGGUACAAAGAGCGCGAAGAUUCAGUCGGGAAUAUUUGGGAAGGGAGCUGCCUACUCGAGGCAUAACGUUGAGAGGCUGUUUAGAAAACUGGUCUUGGACAAGAUUCUGGAUGAAGACUUGUAUAUCACAGCUAACGACCAAGCGGUAGCGUAUGUAAUUCUCGGAGAGAAAGCUCAGGCUGUGCUAGAUGGAUCACUGCAGGUGCAGUUUCAUGAAACAGAAAGUGCCAGCGCCAUCAGAAAGCAAAGGGCUUCCGUGGCGAAAAUGUCGCAGCGGGAAGAGAUGGUUAAGAAGUGCCUUGGGGAACUUACGGACACGUGCAAAAUGCUUGGGAAGGUCUUCGAUGUGCACUACUUCAAUAUUUUCAGUACUUCAACUCUCAAGAAAAUAGCAGAAACUUUGUCAUCUGAUGUGGAGGUUUUACUGCAGAUUGAUGGUGUCACAGAAGACAAACUGGAAAAAUACGGUGCAGAAAUAAUUAAAGUGAUGGAUAAGUACUCUGAAUGGACCACACCAGAAGAUGCUGCCGGCCAAAGCGUGGACACAGCUACGGGAAGCACCGGCACACCGGAGAGCGAUGAAGAAGCAGAAGAUGUAGUCACAACCUCAAGCUAUUUUUGCAAUAAUGCAAACCAAAGAAAGAAAAGGAAAAGGCCGCCAAACUUCAGAGAAUCGAAGAGGAAAAAGACGAGCAAUGGUGGCAGCCAGCAGUUUCAUCCCAAAGGCCUACAAGUUUCACCUCGUUUGGUACAUGAGGUGGAGAACACGAGGUGCAAAAGAGCAGUUGUGCAGACAACCUACGUCUUGCAUUUCCGAAAUAACCCUUCGAGUGGGGUUCUGUGCGGUCUGUAUGUGUCAGAAACUGCGUUAUCUUCCAGCCGGGAGGAGUCCAGGCCGUUUGGAAGAGCAGCAAUAAAUGCGUCGUACAGCGUUAGUGCCACGCAAGGAGCUGCUGGAAAGCUGGGGAUGAUGGCACCACCCAAACCCAAAACCAGACACUUCCUUCAGCCUUCGUAUUCAAUACUGUAA